UUUGUUUUUAAUUUAUUUAUUAUUUUGUGUUUUCUUUAGUAAAAAAUAAAUUUGUAUUGUAUAAAUGUUUAAUAUGAGACCAUCGCCAUCUCAGUGUAAUAAAUAAAAUAAAUCUCUUUAAUCAUUUAUUUGUUUAAGUAAAAUAAUAGAUUCGAAAUGGUAAAACAGUACACAAAAUGUUUUAUAACUGUAGGCACAACUCGAUUCGAUUUACUUGUAAAAUCUAUCUUUAAACCGUCCACAAUCGACGCUCUGAAGCAGAUUGGCUGCAAGGAAAUCACAUUUCAGAUUGGUAACAGUGAUUUUGAAAUAGGUAAAUACGAGAGAAAUGGGGUUAUAAUUGACGUAUAUCGGUUUAAGGACUCUAUUCAGGAUGAUAUGCAAAAUGCUGACCUUGUUAUAAGUCAUGCUGGUGCUGGAAGCUGUUUGGAAGCUCUGGAAGCCAACAAACCACUAUUAGUUGUAAUUAACGAAGACCUAAUGGAUAAUCACCAGCUAGAACUGGCAGAGCAGCUUCAGAUUGAUGGCCACUUGUAUUACUGUACAUGUGACACACUGGAAAGUACAUUGCAAAUGGUGGAUUUUACAUUAUUGACACCAUUUCCUAAGCCUGAUACAUCUCUGUUUAUAAAAUUCUUGGAUGAUGCGCUUAGAGUUAAACAAAACAUAGAUUAAAUUAUUAUUUUUUUAAA